AUGGCUGAACCCUGGAGAACCAGCCAAAUCCUGCCCCAAGCGAAGAUUGAUUCAGAAAAAGUUACUUGCACCAAAGAUGCUGAUAAAAAAGCAGGCGAAGUAGCCAAAGAUCCCAAAAAAGACAAAGAUAAGGGGAUAAGUGAUACUGGAAAAAAGGACAAAGAUAAAGAUGGUGCAAAAAAAGAUAAAGACAAGGUAAAGAAUGACGCCGAUAAGUGUAAAGACGAAGACAUGAAAAAAAAUAAAAAAGGUAUGGAUGACGUUGAAGAAAUGCCAAAUAAGCUUUCAAAACUGGUUAACAUAGGUGGAUCAAUCAAGAUAGGUGAUAAAGAUCUUGGCGGUGCAGAAAAAGGUUUGGGAGGCGGCAUUGGUGGUGUCAUCAAUGAUGGUGUCAAAACUGGAACGAAGCUAGUUGGAGGUGUUAUUGGUUCUGGACUAGGGGCUGGACUUGGUGCAGUAGAUGGAGCGGUGAAGGGUCUUGGCCUUGGAGGCGGUGGUCACGACAAAGGUGGUGAACGCGGUGGAAGCGGGCUUUUUGGUUUUCUGGGCAAAUAAAACAAAGCAUCGAUUGCUGUUACACAAGAGCUUAUAGACUGACGCGAACACUCUAGCGCCAACCAAAAAAACCCGUUCUGAAACCUAAGCAUGUGACAUGU